AUGCCGUUUCGAGACCAUUGGCGUGAUGUCAAAACCCUACAUAACGACGGAAUUCCAAUCGAUACGACAAGCAAUGAAACAGCAAAACUGUUUGAUGCAACAGUGACGCAAUAUGUUGGUUGGUACAAUGACAAGCAAUUAGGUGGUAUCAAAGCCAGUCUAUCUCGUCUUCUCGACUCCGAUCCAAAUUGUGCCAGCAGUCGUAUUCUAGCCGCUGCUAUUGGAAUGUUCUCAACGUCUCAUCCAUCUGUAUUAGUUCAUGCACAAGUUGUUGAAACACUCGGUGAUACAGUAAUUUCAUCCGAUCGCUACAUCAAUCUUCAUACACAAGCUCUCAUUGAUUGGUCACUCGGGUAUCGAUCUCGUGCUACUAACACAUGGGAAACUAUCCUUCUCAGUUAUCCUUUUGAUAUCAUGACUUUGAAAUUUGCACUCGACACCUAUGUUCAUCUUGGCAACCAAAAUAUGCUUCGAGAUUCGGUUGCACGAGUACUGCCCAUUUGGGAAUCAUCAUCGCCACAUCGUCCACUCAAAUCAUAUUUGUAUGGAAUGUAUGCAUUUGGUUUAGGCGAAACAAAUAUGGCACUACGAGCAGAAAAACAAGCUCGACUUGGACUGGAACUCAAUGAACAUGAUGCAUGGGCCACACAUGCGCUGGCACAUGCUAUGGAGUACAUGGGUCAAACAUCGGAAGGAAUCGACUUUUUGGAGAAAACUGAUAACCAUUGGCGUCGAUGCGAUAUAAUCGCACCACAUAUCGAUUGGCAUUGGGCACUAUAUGAAUUGGAACAAGACAAUUGGGAGAAAGCAGAGGACAUUCUUCAGCGUUGCUUUUUGAACAACAAUGGGACAGAAUUGAGCCGAUUAAAAUAUACUGAUGCUGCUUCGUUAAUCUAUCGUCUCAAACUGGCUGGACAUCCAUGUUCAUCACAAUCGAAUUCUAAAUUGAAACAGUUUCUCGAUGUUCAUUUGCGUGAUCAUCAAAUACUUUUCCAUGAUUUCCAUCACUACUUCGUCUUGGAUAAUAUCGCUGAUACCGAGAUGAAGAAAGACUUUCUUCGAUCACUCAAAGAAACAGUCGAAUCGUCCGAUACGAAUACUGGAAAAUUCUAUCGUGAAAUUGGUUCGCGUAUCUUUGCUGCACUUGAGCAUUUUGACGAAGGAGACUAUGCUCAAGUAGUGGAACUUCUGUAUCCCAUUCGAUACCAAACCGCUGUUGUUGGCGGAUCAAAUGCACAACGAGAUAUUUUCACUUUGUUACUAAUUCAUUCGGCGGUGUAUUCAAAUAAUAAUCAACAUCAACAAUUAGCCAAACGGUUGAUUAAUGAACGGUGUGAAAUGCGCGGGUCAACGAAAUCCAGAAUGAUGGAAAAUUAUGCAAAUACAAUACUGACGAACUGA